CUGUCAAAGCUGCAGCGGUUCGUUCGCCUGGAUAUAAAAGAAAAGCCGCGCGACUGACCGGAGAGAGACAGAAUCGAGUGGUGUCGCGCCAAAGGGGGACACGUCGAGAUCGGUACAUCAUUACACACAAAGGAGCUGUCGACGACCGAGAAUGACGCGAGUAAGCUUGAUCGCCGGAGCCCUGCUGCUCUGCGCAGCGACGCUCGCCGUGGCCGAGGCCAAGGAGCCGAAGCUGAAGCUCGCGCUCAAGAGCGAGAAAAUCGACGCCGAUGAAAAAGAUGACCUGGCAGCAGCGGAGACGAGCUACGACUAUGGCAGCUACUCCGCGGCCAACCCCUUCCUGUCCUACCUCUACCCGCAGAGUCAGCAGUCCUACGUACAGUUCCCUCAACCAGCCGCGCAACCGGCUUACUCGAUGGCACCGGCUGCGCCAGUCUACAGCUGCGGCCAGUACAUGGGACCAGCUUGCCGUCGAUCUCGCUACCGUACCUACGACGGUUCCUGCAACAACCUGCAGAUACCCUCGUGGGGUAUGGCCAACACCAAGUACGCCAGACUCCUGCCCGCCAAUUACGCUGACAACGUGCACGCGCCACCGGUAGCCAAGAGCGGCAACCCACUGCCGAACGCCCGAGCGGUCAGCUUCACGCUCUUCCCCGACGUCGACAUCCAGGAUAGAAAGUGGACUCUGGUAGCCAUGCAAUGGGGCCAGAUCAUGACGCACGACAUGGCUAUGAUCGAUGGAACCACCCAGUCGAAGGCUCACGCGACGCAGUGCUGCACCGACAACGGCCAGCUGAUCCAGUCGGCCCUGGGCAGUCCCCUCUGCUUCCCCAUCCUCAUUCCGCCUAACGAUCCCGUUUAUUCUUACGAGAUGCAGCAGUGCCGAAACUUUGUUCGCAGUACCACGGACCUCGACAGGGGCUGCUCAUCCGGCUACACUCCGGCCGAACAGCUGACGGUGGUCUCGCACUUCUUGGACCUGUCGAUAAUCUACGGUUCCAGCGACGCCGUGGCCGCGAGCUUGCGCGCCGGUGUAGGCGGCCGUUUGCUCACCGACGUCCGCGGCAACCGGGAAUGGCUCCCUCAAGCCACCAACAAGAGCGGCACCUGCGACAUCUACGGCGAUGCCGAUGUCUGCUACACCUCCGGUGACGUCCGAGUGAACCAGAACCCGCAGCUGACGAUCCUCCACUUGAUCCUGCACAGGGAGCACAACCGUAUCGCUGGCCAAUUGGCUCUUCUCAACCCACACUGGAGCGACGAGACGAUAUUCCAGGAGGCCAGGAGGAUCAACACCGCCAUCCACCAGCAGAUCUCGUACUACGAGUGGCUGCCGAUCUUCAUCGGUAUGCAGAACUCGCUGGCCCGCAAGAUCCUCUUCCAGACCCAGGGCUGGGUGAACGACUACGACCCCAGCAUCGACCCCAGCACCAUAAACGAGCACUCGAACGCCGCCUUCCGUUACUUCCACUCCCUCAUCGCCGGUAGACUGCUCUUGGUCGACGAGCCGCGUUUCGCCUACUCGUACAACGCCCUUCGUCUCUCGGACCACUUCAACAGGCCGGGCGUCAUCGAGGAGGACGGCAACCUGGACAAGCUCACCAGAGGAAUGGCCUUCCAGCCACAGGAGGAGAGCGACCAGUGGUUCGACAAGGAGAUAACGAACUACCUCUUCAGAAACCACCACAGACUGGGAGACGAUCUGCGCGCCAUCGACGUGCAGAGGAACCGUGACCACGGCCUCGCCGCCUACAACGAGUACCGAGUGCUCGCCGGCUACCCUCGCGCCGUCCAGUGGACCGACUUCGGAGACCUCAUCUCCGCCGAGAAUAUUCAAAAGCUGGCUCAGCUGUACGAGCGGCCCGACGACGUCGACCUGACAGUGGGAGCCUCUCUGGAGCGUCACGUCGAGGACACCCUCGUCGGACCGACCUUCCUCAACAUCCUGUCCGAGCAGUUCUGGAGGACGAGAGUCGGCGACCGAUACUGGUACGAGACCGGAGACCCCGAGAUCGCCUUUACCAUCGAGCAACUCGCCGAGAUUCGUAAGGCCAGUAUCUCGAGGCUAUUCUGCGACAACGGCGACCAGAUCCAACUCAUGCAGCUGAGAGGCUUCGAGCAGGUCUCCCAGUCGAACCCGCUGGUCAGGUGCGCCGACAUCCCGGCUAUCGACCUGUCGCUCUGGCGAGACGUCCAAGGAGCCGGAUGGCCAGCACCCUCGCCCUGGGCUGCUAAAUAGAUUGAAUUUUAUAAAUACGAUAUGUAGAAAGCGAUCGAAAAUUUAGGAGAAUUGAUUUCGUUUCCCAACGCCGCACCUGCCCAUCAGAUGCCUGCGCAUCGGUGCGCAGCGUUACGUCCAUCAUCAUUAUUCUACCACGAUCAAAGUGUAAUUAUUGUACAUUUUAAUAAUUGUUUAAACUUUGAGUAUUAUAUACCUACUAAGAUUUAUUAAUAUGAGCAUAUGUUAAUAACUAAGUAUAUAAUAUGACGUCUAAGAUUGCUAUGAGUACGUAUGUAGAUAUACCUAUAUAUUAUUAUUGUAUUACGCCAACUUGAUUGGGCAUCAAUUAUUAUUAUUAUUAUUUUUCUUUUACUUUUUCUUUUUUCCCGCAAAGUGAGUACUCGUUACCGCAAAAAAAGCAAACAAAAAAUAUUGUAUUAUUUCUUGAAUUCACAGCAUAACAUUGUGUAUUAUUAAUAAUCAGUCUGUUACAAUUUCUGUAUAUCUACGUAAUUUUUUAAGAGAUGUAAAAAAUAAAGUCAAUGAAAAAUGGAA